CCACAUUCAGCUCUGACAAGCCUUUAGUUUGACAGGAAGGCUGGGCUUUAGGGCGAGGCAACAUUUAUCAGAAUCAAUGUGAAUUCAUUCAUCUCCGACACACAAGACACUUCUUCACUUCUGCUGAACACUCUCGCUUGUGAAAAUGGAGCCUUUGCCCGCAGCAAACACCCAGUUCUCUCUAAACCUGUUCAAGAAGAUCAGCGGAGGAAACACAUCAGGAAAUGUGUUCUACUCUCCGAUUAGCAUCUCUUCAGCUCUCGCCAUGGUGUCGCUCGGAGCAAAAGGAAACACAGCGGCGCAGAUGUUUAAGGUCCUGGGUUUUACCAGUCCUCCCAAACUCGAUGCAGCGACUCCAGCAUCUCAUCAACAAGCCCAGAAGCCCUGCGGCGUCAAGGGUCAGCAUGGACCGUCAAUGACACAACAAACCCAGAAGUUUGAGCUACCUCCUGAACUCAAGAAAUAUCCUGCUCAGCCCACACCUGGACAAAAAACUGAGGACCAAAUUCAUUCCAGCUUCAACAAGCUCAUGAGUGAACUGAAGAAACCACGAGCCCCGUAUGUGUUGAGUCUUGCCAACCGCCUCUACGGAGAGCAAUCCUACCAGUUUGUCGAGAAAUUCCUCAAUGAUGCAAAAAAAUACUAUGAAGCCGGACUGGAGGAGGUGGACUUCAAGAUGAAAUCAGAGGCUGCACGUGUCGACAUCAACAAAUGGGUGGAGAAAAACACUCAAGGAAAGAUCAAGGACUUGCUCCCACAGGGAUCCAUCGAUGCGAUGACGAGACUGGUCUUGGUGAACGCCAUCUACUUCAAGGGGAACUGGGAGAAGAAAUUCCCAAAGGAAGCCACCACAGAUGGACAGUUUAAGCUGAACAAGACUCAAACUAAACCAGUGAAGAUGAUGAAUCGGAAGGCAGCGUUUCCUCUGGCUUUAAUCCCAGAGAUGAACAGUCAGGUUCUGGAGCUGCCGUAUGUCGGGAAGAAUCUCAGUAUGUUGAUCAUCCUUCCCAAAGAGAUUGAAGACGAAACCACUGGCCUUCAGAAGCUUGAAAAGGCACUAACCUACGAGAAGCUCAUGGAGUGGACGAGACCUGAAGUCAUGCGUCAACAAGAAGUUGAAGUAUCUCUGCCCAAAUUUAAGAUGGAGGAAACCUAUGACAUGAAGAGUCUUCUGAUCAGCAUGGGAAUGGAGGAUGUUUUUGAUGGGCAGAAGGUGAAUCUUUCAGGCAUGUCGCCCAACAACGACCUGGUGGUGUCGAAGGUGAUUCAUAAAGCCUUUGUUGAAGUAAACGAGGAAGGAACCGAAGCAGCUGCAGCCACCGGUGCUGUCAUGAUGACCCGAUGUCUGAGGAUCCCGCAGGUCUUUAACGCAGACCAUCCGUUCCUCUUCUUCAUCCGACACAAUCCAACCAAGAGCAUACUGUUUUACGGACGCUUCUGCUCUCCGUGAGCGAGUCCUGCGCCGUGAGACCCUUCCAGAUAGUUUAGUUGGUUUAUCUGGUUAGAAUGCGUAGGGGAGACUCGGGACAACUACUACAAAUUGUCAUUUUUUAGUAUAAGAAACAUUUUUAUAAACAUUUAUAUGUGCCAAUAGUAUCAGACUUAAGACUUAAAUUAAAUUCAUAUUAUUCCAUUUUUUUUUUUUUAUUAUAUGUGGUACUGUAAUUGUUUUGCUUCAGGCUCAAGCGGGACCUGCAUUAUAAUUAUUUAAAAUGCAUUAAAUCUUUUGCACUGACCAUUUUAGAGCAGGGUUAUUAUUGUUAACUAAAAAUAAAUUUCAAAUAAAAUAAACAUGAACUAAU